CUCCCAUGAUCCGAUCCACUGAUGCCAUGGGCAGCAACGCCGUUGUCAACUUCCCAUUUCUGCGCCUCCGCUGCGUGCUCAUCUCAUGCGGCAUUAUCAGCAUCCUCAUCGGCGCUGCCUCGCUAGCUGUGACGCUGACCGUCUACCGCGUCCGCGAGCCCGUGAUGAAGAUGAACGCCAUCUGUGUCAAGGACCCCGGCGCCACCGUCGCGUCAUCUUCGGCCUCCUCGACGCCACUCCUGUCGCUGACGGUGGUGGCGGACGUGUCGGUGAAGAACCCGAACGCCGCAUCGCUGCGGUACGGUGCGACGGAGACGUCGGUCUACUACCGCGCGCGUCAGGUCGGGGAGGCCCUGGGCCCUCCUGGCACGGCCCCGGCGCGGCGGACCGUGCGGCUGAACGUGACGGUGGACGUCGCCGUGGGCGCACUCCUGGGGGACCCGGCGUUCCUGGAGGACGUCGUGGCGGCAGGCGCCGUCGUCGUGGCCACUGCCACGCGUGUGCGCGGGCGCGUCGCCGUGCUGGGCGGAUUGGUGCACCGGCGCGUGGUGCUGGAGAUAAACUGCACGGCCACAGUCGCCGUGGCCGACAUGUCCAUCAGCGAUCAGAGGUGCCUGCAACACGUCUGGUUGCCUUAAAUAAGUUGAGUGCGCUCGUGGAUCGACGAACAAACAGAUACGUAUCUUGGCUUCCAAAAAACAUGUCCUGCUAAUCAUAUUGAAGCCGCCGCCGCCGCCGCCACGCGUGACUGGUGGCCGCCGUCUUCAGAAAUGGAUGCUCAGGGUGUACAAGGAGGAUACACAAGUCUUUUACUUGGAGUUGAUCAAGGUGCUGCUUCAGUAGUUAAGAAGUUGCAGUUUGAUGGAUUGCCAAAUAACGAGAAUAUCUGACAAUCUAGAUUUCAGACCGAAAAGACUACCAACUGGAAGAGAAGGAAAAGAGCAUCGGCAGAUGCUAGCUCAUGCGAGUGUGCACAGGGACACUUGAGUACAAUCAGUAGUAGCAUACUUGGAAAAUUUAAGUUCACGUGUAGAAAAUUCUACUAGUAACUUUGUAAUAAUGGAGUACGAGCUGGCCGGUUCAUUCAAAGCUGACAAUCCCAGUUCAAUGUCAUUAAAUAUUGCAAUUGCAGUUCGAAAUGAUUUGUC